AGCCAAUCAAUGGGAAGUCGGUGGUUGCUAAGACGCAUUUGAGUUUGCUCCACCCAUACUUAGGACUUUAGCCAAUGAGAACCUGUACUUUGGACGGUUGCCGCGAAACCAGUGAGAUUAUUUCCAACGCCGGGGAGUCUUGGCGCAUGCGCAGAUUGGGGAAGGUUCUGGAAGACGACAGAGCUGCCGCCAUUUUGCGGGAAGAGGAGCCGCUGUACCUGCAGUGCUGCUUUUCUUGCCUAGACUCUAGGAACUAUCCGAGCUCCACUCCCCACAACAUACUCAAAGGAACGGAGAGAACCAGGACCCCCCUGCGGGGACCCGGAACUGAUCUGACAGGAUGGCAUCUGAUGACUUUGACAUAGUGAUUGAGGCCAUGCUGGAAGCUCCCUAUAAAAAAGAAGAGGAUGAGCAACAAAGGAAAGAAGUUAAAAAGGAUUAUCCUAGCAAUACCACCAGCAGCACCAGCAACAGUGGCAAUGAGACCAGUGGAAGCAGCACCAUCGGGGAGACAAGCAAGAAGAAGAGGAGUCGGAGCCAUAGUAAAAGCAGGGAUAGAAAGCGCAGUCGUAGUCGAGAUCGGGAUCGGUAUAGACGGAGAAAUAGUCGGAGCCGAAGUCGAGGUCGGCAGCGUCGUCACCGUAGCCGUAGCUGGGAUCGUCGACAUAGUAGUGAGUCGCGAAGUCGGGACCAUCGUCGUGAGGAUCGUGUGCAUUACAGGAGUCCUCCACUUGCCACUGGUUAUAGGUAUGGACACAGUAAGAGUCCUCAUUUCAGAGAGAAGAGCCCAGUCAGGGAGCCAAUUGAUAAUCUGAGUCCUGAGGAGCGUGAUGCCCGCACAGUUUUCUGUAUGCAGUUAGCUGCCCGAAUUCGGCCUCGAGAUCUGGAGGACUUUUUCUCUGCUGUAGGCAAGGUUCGCGAUGUACGUAUCAUCUCAGAUCGGAACUCACGUCGUUCUAAGGGCAUUGCCUACGUGGAAUUCUGUGAAAUCCAGUCUGUGCCACUGGCCAUUGGGCUGACUGGGCAGCGGUUGCUGGGAGUGCCUAUCAUUGUACAGGCUUCACAGGCAGAGAAAAACCGACUGGCAGCCAUGGCCAACAACCUGCAAAAGGGCAAUGGUGGACCAAUGCGCCUCUAUGUGGGUUCCCUGCACUUCAAUAUCACUGAAGACAUGCUCCGGGGCAUCUUUGAGCCCUUUGGUAAAAUUGAUAAUAUUGUCCUGAUGAAGGACUCGGAUACAGGCCACUCUAAAGGUUAUGGUUUCAUCACGUUCUCUGAUUCUGAGUGUGCCCGGCGGGCCCUGGAACAGUUGAAUGGGUUUGAGCUUGCUGGUCGACCUAUGAGGGUUGGCCAUGUGACUGAGCGACUGGAUGGUGGCACAGACAUCACUUUUCCUGAUGGGGACCAGGAGCUGGAUCUGGGAUCAGCAGGUGGACGUUUUCAGCUCAUGGCAAAACUGGCAGAAGGCGCUGGAAUCCAACUGCCAAGCACUGCUACUGCUGCUGCUGCUGCUGCUGCCGCCGCCGCCCAGGCUGCUGCCUUGCAACUGAAUGGAGCAGUUCCCUUGGGGGCCCUGAAUCCAGCAGCUCUGACUGCUCUGAGUCCAGCCCUGAACCUUGCCUCCCAGUGUUUCCAGCUCUCCAGCCUCUUUACCCCCCAGACCAUGUAAAUCAGUGGCACAGUAUACUGCCUCCUUGUGCCUCUGGAUCCUGCCACUUCACAUCUACUCUUCCAUGGCCCCAUUUCUCCAUUUUGUGGACCAAGCCAUCCUGAGGGCAUGGACAUUGUCUCUGAGGAAAUUGGGGCCACCCUUAAGAUACCAAGAAGAGCUCCUGCCCAUGGUCCCACUGGAAAUGGACUCUGCUGAGCAAAGCCGCCAGUUGAAGAGAACAGAAUCCACACCUGCAUUGAAUACCUGUUUCUCCAUGCGUAUCGUCUCUGAGAUUACCUUCUUGCCCUUUCCAACACCUUAGUGAUUCCUCAAUUCCUCCCCCAUUGGGAAGGCCAUAGGGCAUUAACUGAAGGAACUGACCUCUCUCCUUUUCCUGUACCUUUAACCUUUAGUCUGUCAAGGAAAACCCUUAGGACCUCUGAAUCAAGAGGACUGAGUUUGUGGGUGAACCUUGAAGGUGCUCUUUCUGCUACAAGGGCCCUGGGAGAUAGCAUGGACGUGCAUUGAGAAGCCAGCCUCAGACCUUAGCUUGAAGCAGCUUGAGGCCAGACCUACUGUAGGCUCGGCAUCUUGCUAGGAGGCAUGGAAGUGAUCUAUCCUGCCAGGAGGCCUCAGAGUGAUCUGUCCUGCCAGGAGGCGUGAGAGUGAUCUGUCCUGUGAGGCAUUUAGGGGCUUUCAGGAAUUUAGUAAAAGGUGGAGUAUGCCUUUCCAGUAUCUUCCAUCUUCCUUUGUAUACUUGUCCUUCCUCCCAUUUCCUCCCUUUGGCCCGAGGCAGGAGGAUGGAGGGAGGCUGCUACUCUACCACUUCUGUGUGCCUCUACUGUGGCCUCAACCCUGGCAAUUAAAGCUACUCCCAUCCCUUACCUGGGCAUGUGUGAGCCCUUCUCACUGGAUUUUAUACCCUUGUGUCUGUGUACAUAAAUAUAUAUACAUAUAUAUAUAUAUAUAUAUAUAUAAACUUUGUACAAAAGGCAAGCCUCCUCCUUGUGGCAGCUGUUGCCCAUUUGUGUGUGGUCUUUGUUGUGUGUCUGACAACUUCUCAUUAGCCCAACUUAUGAUGUUUCUAGGGAUAUAAAACAUUAGUAACAUCAUUGUGUUUCUUUUAUUUAUUUAACCACCUUUAGAAAGAAAAAUGAAAACUCACACCUGGGUGGGGUUCCCAUUCUGUAUCUGCAUUACACUGUUGAUCUAUGGUUGUCUUCUCCGUCUGUCUUCAUCUUAACUAUCUCCAUCCCAACUACCCACUGGACAGAAUUACCCAAACAGCCAAGUUGCAGCACCAGGACAGACUUAGACUUAACAGCCUCCUUCUCUGUGCCUAAUGACAGAUCUUAUCUUUCCAGCAGAUGGCACUAUGACAGUACUGCAUUCUACACUUGUUUUUUUCUAGUGGGGGGGGGGGGGGGGUUGUGAUCUUGAAGAGUUAAGUACCAGAGCUAAGCUGAGCUUUCUGAACUCUAUUGGCCUUUGUACCUGCCUUUGACCCUCUUUGUAGUAGCAAUCCCAAUCCAAUAUCCAAAGGGGUUUGGGUCUUGUAUAACAGCAGGGUUCUCCUGACCUGAUGUCUACUGUUGUUCCUCUGUCAGUCCCCUCAACUCCUGCUUUCCAUGUGGCUCUGCCUGGGAUAACACAGGCCUGGGACCAGUGAAUUCUAGGGAACUGAGUAUUCCAGAAAUACCUCUGUGAAAGGGAAGGUGCACCUACCACUGUCUUAAUAAUAAGGGGGUGGGAGAGCGGCUGUCUCACCCAGCUUAGGGACCAAAUGAGAAGGCCUGAAUUCAGGGGCAGGGCUCUGUGGGGCUCCUUUUUUGAUCUCUAUGGCAACAAAAUGCUAAGACUUUCUUAUGCUAAAAAUAUGGAUAAUUGCUGUUAGGUUUUAAUUUGUCAGCUCUCAGACUUCUAAGCCAGUGAUGUUAGCCUCUGGGGUUGCUUUUAACACAAAAUCAUUUAAAUACUUGAAGCCUGCUUGAGUCAUAAAAGGCCAGUGGGACUCUAGCUCCUAAGUCUGUUUGCUGCUUCUGUAACAAUAGCACAGACUAAUUUGUAAAGAAAAGAGGUGUAGGCUGGGUGCACUGGCUCACGCCUGUAAUCCCAGCACUUUGGGAGGCCGAGGUGGGUGGAUCACGAGGUCAGUUCAAGACCAGCCUGGCCAACAUGGUGAAACUCUGUCUCUACUAAAAAUACAAAAAGUAGCUGGGCAUGGUGGUGGGUGCCUGUAAUCCCAGCUACUCAGGAGGCUGAGACAGGAGAAUCACUUGAGCCUGGGAGGCAGAGGUUGCAGUGAGCCGAGGUUGCACCACUGCACUCCAGCCUGGGCAACAGAGCGAGCCUCCAUCUCAAAAAAACAGAAAAGUGUAUUUCUCACAGUUCUGGAGGCUGGGAAUUUCAAGAGCAUGGUGCCUGCAUCAGGUGAGGGUCAUCCCAUGGCAGAAGGGCACAAGGUAGAAAUGAGUACAUGAGACAAAGGGACCAUGGGCCAAACUUGCUUUCUAACAGCCCUCUCUCAUGAUAACCUGCUCUGUGAUAGUGACAUUAAUCCACUCAUGAGGGCUCUGUCCUUGUGACUCAAUCACCUCGUAUUAAGCCCCAUCUUCAACAUUGUUGCAUUGGGAGUCAAAUUUUCCAAUGUGAACUUCUGGGGGACACAUUCAAACCACAGCAUUUCUGAUUCUUCCAGGCCUAGAUCUCACAUGAUGUUGCUGUUCUCCUGGUUACCACCCCCAUCCCUUCCCCCAUCUUAUCCUAGUUUGCUUUCUGGACCUGGGGGGAAGGGAAGGAGGAUGCACUAUUUUUAGGUAGAAGCUGCUGGCUAUGACCCAGCACCCCUACAGUUAUUGAUUUGGCUUCUAAUGUAUCUUGAGAAGUGCAGUGGGUACCGUUUUUGUUAGUCAUCCUGAGGCCAUGAACUGGGUCUUCUCAUGGCUGGCUUGGCUCCUUCAGACUAUUAUAAAUAUCCACAGGCCUUGCCUCCCUGCCUUCCUCUGCUUGGUUUCCUUAUGUUUCCAUCCCCUAGCUACCUUGGCCUUCCUACACUCGGAUCCUUCCACCUCAGUUCUUUCUUGUUCUUAGUUCCUCACAUAGCCUCUUGCUGGGAGAGAGACAAUGUUGGAAGUAAGGACGUAUCUAAGACAAUUUCCAGUCUUACUCCAUAUAAGGUGAUGGUAUCUAGUGACUUACAGUUGCUGUCGGUGUGUGACUCAGUGCCUUCUUGUUGCUCAUCCCUCCAUACGAGGUGGUUAGAGUGGAGAGAAGCGGGCAGUGAACAGACUCUGGGCCCAGCUUAAGGUAAAAGAAACUUCCCUCAACAUCUACCUGCACAUGGUGGCUGGUGGCGUAGGGGUGACAUUGUGAUCUAGAUCCUUUGCCAGCAUAGUUAGAAUUUCCCUACCAGUCUUCAGUUCUAGAAAAGAUUCUCACCUGAUUUUUGACUUCCAGUCUAUGCUUCUGUAUUCACUAAGGUGGCAGCAUUUCCUCCCUGUUCUUUAAACUGCUGUGCUCUUGACACAGGAAUUCUGCCUGCUUCCUCCGACUCCCAACAACCCCCAGAUAGGAGUUACCAGUAGAAGCAGAGGCUUGACCUGUGAACUUUUAGUCCUGGAGCAUAUCAUGAAGGGAAUUGAGUAAAAACCUGAAGGAUGGAAUUAUAUCACAGUCCCUCUUUUCCGUGUAAUGGAAAGGCUUUAGUGAAAAUCAGGCAGCAACACUUGGACAGUGAAAAGAGACUCUGAAAGGUGAGGUGACAGGAGGUGGCAUAAUGGUCAUUGUUAACACUUAUGCAAGGUUGGUUGUAGGUUAGGCGUUCUAAUCGUGUAUUAAGUCACAAAAUCCUCACAACAAUCCUCUCAAGUAGUUUAUUAUCUUUACUUUGUAAACAAGGAAACAUAUCCAAAUAAGUUAAAUAAUUUUCCCCAUAAGCACAAAGUUAGCAAGUUAGGAAUUCCAAUCCAAGUACUCUCGCUUCAGAUCCCUUGAUCUUAACCUUACCUGCCUCUCAGCACCACCAUGGAAGACAAGGCCUUGGAGUCAGUGAGGAAGUGUCACUUUUCCUAUCCCUGUACCCAUAGCUCUCCGUAGACUCAGAAUUUUUCCACUGCCAUGUCUUUGCUUAUCUUGAGUGACAGUGUUUGUGGGUGAACCUUGAAGGUGCUCUUUCUGCUACAAGGGCCCUGGGAGAUAGCAUGGGCAUGUGCAUUGAGAAGCCAGCCUCAGACCUUAUCUUGAAGCAGCUUGAGGCCAGACCUACUGUAGGCUCAGCAUCUUGCUAGGAGGCAUGGGAGUGAUCUAACCUGCCAGCUAUUUCUCUUCCUUUCCUCCUUCUGCUGAUCAAAGUCCUGUCCUUUAAGACCCUGAAGCUUUCCUAGGUGGAGUUAAUCUCUCUUUUCAGUAUUCUUUGUCCUCUUGUGGGUCAUCUUACUCUACUUUUAUUUAGUAAAUAAAAUAAUUGCAAUAAAAAUUAUUUUAUUGAAAACUCCAUUACUUGAUGGUUACAGCCUGAUGAGGCCAGACUUGGAUGUCUUUCUCAUGAUUGCUUUGCCUUGCACAUAUUAAAUGUCUGUAGAAUUGAAUGAAUGCUGUUCAUUAAAGUGUUAAAGUCAGCACCAGGGUUUCCAAAGGCUGCCCCUUCUAGGCUGCUUUUCCCAGCAGCCUCAUCCAUUCCUUCCUCACUCCACCAGGAGAGAAGAUGCAGCUUUACUCUUUCUGAUGUUACCAUGGUAGCCUGUGAUACUUUCUUUCUAAAGUGCUGCUUGCCAUCCACCAGAGACUGAUGUUUCCAUGGCAACCAGGUGAAGGCAAUAGUCACGAGCUGGAUGCAGGAAAGGAAUUCCGGUCUGAGAAGCUGCGUAUCUGAAUCUUCUAGCUUCAGACAUCCUUUCCCCUCUCUCGUAACUUUUGCACUUUAUAUCCAGGACUGGUUUGCUCUCUGGUGUGCCCUUGGUUGAGAGAGCUCUGUGAAAGUGAGGUGAAGCAGACCAACCAACUUAGAUCAUGUGGGAAGGUGGGUGCAAGGAAAGAGCUGAGCAAAGAUCACUUCAAAAAGUUGGAUGAAGUCUAUUAGUUGUUCAGAUGAUCUGUUCUCAAGAGCCCUUAAGGAGUUGGCUGGAGUUUCUGGAGAGCCAUUAAGCAGUUAUUUUUGAGAGCAAUGGGUAGAUGGAUGAGGUGCCUGAAGACUGGAAAGCAGCCAGCAGUGCUGGAUUGUAGAAAGGAGAAACAAUGACCUUGGAAAUCGGAGACCUGUCAAACUUGCCAAUGUUCCAGAAAGGAUGGGAGUUUCAGUCAGCUUUCAGGCAUCAGGAAGCCUACUUGCUUAGAAUUAGUGGUGCUAAGAAUUCGCCUCCUCAACUCCUGAGCAUAAGCAAGCUAGGGGACCUCCACCCUGUAGCCGAGUGUCACACUCUGGAACCACACAGCAUGGUUCAGAUCCCUCUUCCCUCACAAACUAGCUGAAUAAGCUUGGGUAGGUUACUUCACUUCUCUCACACUUCAUCUGUAAAAAGGAAAUGAUAACACCUAUCUCAUAGGGAUGUUGUGAGAAUUCAUUGAGAAAGGUUUGGAACUUGGCUCAUUACUGUCCUCAGUAUUUUCACUCCUCUGGAUGCCUACUCACUCGAUUUUCUAGCUGACUUCAUUCUCCCCAACUUUAGAGCUCAAGGUUUAUGGGGAAAAGCAAGGGCGGUGCAAUGGUGAAAAUAAAUCUUCAUUUUUAAAUAAAUAAAUUGUUCCUGCACUGAAGCCCCAAGCUUACAAGGUCUUGGGUCACACACAACCUGCCUAGUUUUCAGGAAAAGAAAUCCCACUAGCCCAAUCUCUUUAUGCUUGAGGCUCUGUCCACAUAGUUAGAUUUUAACCAGAUGGUUUCGAAAAGCCAAAAUGAGCCCCCCUCACAGGUACCUUCAAGGUACCUAACACCAUUAGCUUUGUCUGGCAGGGGAAAAAUACCAGGGCACUCUGUUUUGUUUUGUUUUGAGACAGGGUCUGGCUCUGUUGCCCAUGCUGGAGUACAGUGGUGCCAUCACAGCUCACUGCAGUCUCAACCUCCUGAGCUCAAAUGAUCCUCUUGAUUAGCUGGAACUACAGGUAUGUGCCACUAUGCCCAGCUUUGUAUUUUUUGUAGAGAUGGGGUCUUGCUAUGUUGCCCAGGUGGUCUCGAACUCCUGGGCUUAAGUGAUCCUCCCUCCUUAGCCUCCCAAAGUGCUAGGAUUAUAGGUGUGAGCCACCACAGCUGCCUGAGAGCACCCUCUGUUACCACCCUUUCCUUAGUGUCUCAGCCUCCCCCAAGCACCUGUCUUUGUUGGUCUCCAGAGCCUAGCCCUACACUGGCAUUUUCCUUUCUGAAUAAGUAUUUUAUUUAUUUAUUUAUUUUUAUUUUUUCUUUGAGAUGGAGUUUCGCUUUUGUUGCCCAGGCUGGAGUGCAAUGGUGCGAUCUCGGCUCACCGCAACCUCUGCUUCCUGGGUUCAAGUGAUUCUCCUGCCUCAGCCUCCUGAGUAGCUGGGAUUACAGGCACGCGCCACCACUCCCAGCUAAUUUUGUAUUUUUAGUGGAGACAGGGUUUCUCCAUGUUGGUCAGGCUGGUCUCGAACUCCUGACCUCAGGUGAUCCACCCGCCUUGGCCUCCCAAAGUGCUGGGAUUACAGUCCUGAGCCACUGCACUGGGCCUUAUUUAUUUAUUUUUAAUUAAUUAAUUAAUUUUUUUUGAGAUGGAGUCUUGCUUUGUCGCCCAGGCUGGAGUGCAGUGGCGCGAUCUCGGGUCACUGCAAGCUCUGCCUCCCAGGUUCAUGCCAUUCUCCUGCCUCAGCCUCCCAAGUAGCUGGGACUACAGGCACCUGCCACUAUGCCCGGCUAAUUUUUUGUAUUUUUUAGUAGAGAUGGGGUUUCACUGUUUUAGCCAGGAUGGUUUCGAUCUCCUGACCUAGUGAUCCGCUCGCCUCGGCCUCCCAGAGUGCUGGGAUUACAGGCGUGAGCCACUGUGCCCGGCUGGGCCUUAUUUAUGUAUUUUUCUGAGACGGAGUCUCAUGCUAUCACCCAGGCUGGAGUGCAGUGGCAUGAUCUCUGCUCACUGCGAUCUCUGCUCACUUCAACCUCUGCCUCCUGGGUUCAAGUGAUUCUCCCACCUCAGCCUCCCGAGUAGCUGGAAUUACAGGCACCCACCACCAUGCCUGGCUAACUUUUGUAAUUUUUUUUAGUAGAAAUAGGGUUUCACCAUGUUGGCCAGGCUGGUCUCAAACUCUUGACCUCAAGUGAUCCACCCACCUCGACCUCCCAAAGUGCUGGGAUUACAGGCGUGAGCCAAUUGCCCGACCUGAGUAAGUAUUUUAAAUCAGCACAGGUCCUCUGCUUAAAGUCAAGUUGUAAUUUGAACACAAAAAUGGAAAAUCAUGCAGUAAAAUACCAUCGUGGAGCUUCAAUUGCCAAUCUUUCCCCCAACCUUCCAUCAGAUGACAAAACCCAAAAAAGUGUCACCCGUGAGUCCUAUAGAAGGCACGUUGGACUUUGUAGACCAUAACUUAAAUUUUUAUCUCCAAAUGGUGCUGUGCUUUGAGAGUUUAGCAAGCUGCUUUGAUGCCUAAAUAAGGGGCCAGGACAUAGGUUGCAAAAGGCAUUACUACUUCCACUGCUUCUCUGUAUAAUGCUUGAGAAAUUACAAAGAUCUUUGCUCUUUUAUUUAGUCCUCAUGACUUCACUAUAAGGUAGGUAUUCUUCAUUUUAGAGUUGGGAUAGCAUAGCUGAGUUCAGCAAACCAGACAGGUUAAGAGUGACUUCAUCCACAGACCCCCAUCCAGGAAACAUCCUGAGCACUAAUUGAAAAGCAUUCAAGGGCUUACUGAAUUUGCAUUCACAUCUGGAGUUUUCAAGGCCACUAAGCUGUGGAAAUUUGACAUCAAUAUUCAAAUAGAUGAAAAGGGACCUUAAGCAUAUCCAUCAGGGAGUCACCGAGAUGAUAAAGGCCUGAGAAGCAGUAUGCUCUUGUCCGGCAUUUGUGUCCUUUGACGACUGCACCAUCCACCCAAAUUUUGCUGCCUUCUUUAUAGGAAGGGCCUUUUCCUCAUGUGGUGGGCUGCCCACUGUUUCUUCUCUGUGCAUUUGCUCAUGUAGUUUGACCACAAGGAAUGCUUUUCCUUCUUUCUCUCAACUAUCUAUAGCCUACAUAUCCUUUAAGGCCCAGUUUCUAAAAUAUGUCUUCCAAAUUUACUGUUUCUUCCAUUCAGAAUUCCUGGAGCACAUGAGAUAGCCCCCAGUUAGAUAGAAUGUGGUAUUGUUUGCUGCUAUUUUGCCUGUUUUGUGCUGUAUCACCUCAUCCAUCUCCCCAGCUUAAUUGUAAGCUAUUUGAGGGGCAGAAAUUGUGUCUUAUUUGUAUUUGUUUUCCCCAUUGGGCCCGGCACACUGAUUGGCAUAUUGCAGAUGUUUAGUACUUGAGAGAAACAAAAUGUCUUCUAGCAUUUGUGGAUGAAAGAUUAAAAUGUCCAGGAAAAUUUACUUAGAUUGAUGUGGAUUGAAACUAUAUUAGAUUAAUAAAAAGAUGCGUGUGUGUGAA